AUGCCUCAAAGACUUCCUCGAAAUCCGUUUGCUAGUUCUAUUACGUCUGCGGUUAUUACACCGCAAUCCGACAAACCUACCGCUCGUAGGCCGUCGACCUCGAAGGGUAACAGAUUGGCCAAUUUCUUCACCUCUUCACCAAAGAGUAAGGAACAACAAUCUGCUCAGGCGGCUCUUCUUGCUGCUGUUGCCGCACAACAACAGCGUCUUCUGGAUAAUCCAUCUCCCAGUCCACCAUCUCUAUCUCUCCCAACCAUUUCUCUCUCGACUGCAAAGGGUGGUGAGGCGAAUAUGGAUGAACUGCCUACAACUCUUUUCCAGCCACCUUCUGUCGCAGAAGCUAAUCUACAAGCAAAAAGAGAGGCACAAUUCGGACCACUCAACCACCCAAGCCAUAAAUAUGUUAGCCAGCAUCAUGGAAUUUUUGAGGAUCCAGUUCUGGACGAACCACCUUACUACUACCUUCUUACCACCUACAUCAGUUACUUGGUCUUGAUUAUAUUUGGGCAUGUUCGGGAUUUCUUUGGAAAAAGAUUCAAGCCUGAAUCCUAUCGACAUCUCACAGCUGCCAAUGGUUAUGCCGCUCUUAACAGCGAUUUCGACAAUUUCUACGUACGUCGAUUGAAGCUGCGCAUUGAUGAUUGUUUCGCUCGUCCAAUUACCGGCGUUCCCGGCAGAUACAUCACUCUCAUAGAUCGAAAGACCGAUGACUUCAAUAAGAACUAUCAAUAUACCGGCACAUACACAGAAACUUUGAAUUUGAGUUCUUACAACUAUCUCGGAUUCGCACAGUCUGAAGGACCAUGCGCUGACGCCGUGGAAGAGACCAUCAAGAAGUACGGAAUUAGCUCUGCAAGUCCUCGAGCGGAUUCCGGUACUUCCGAUUUGGCAUUGGAAGUUGAAGACCGGGUUGCCAAAUUUGUUGGAAAGCCUGCCGCAAUGGUCUUCUCAAUGGGUUUCGCGACGAACGCGACUGCUUUUCCAGCGUUGGUUGGGAAGGGUUCGCUCAUCAUCUCUGAUGAAUUGAAUCACGCUUCUAUUCGUAUCGGCGCACGUCUUUCGAGAGCUAUGAUCAUGUCCUUUAAGCACAAUGAUAUGAAUGAUUUGGAAAGGUUACUCCGGGAAGUCAUUUCUCAAGGUCAACCUAGAACUCAUCGACCGUGGAAGAAGAUCUUGGUGGUUGUUGAAGGUCUUUACUCCAUGGAAGGUACAAUGGUCAACUUACCGGGAGUCUUGGCCCUCAAGAAGAAGUACAAGUUCAAUCUGUUCAUCGAUGAGGCUCAUUCUAUUGGUGCUAUGGGUCCUCGUGGUCGUGGAGUGUGUGAUUACUUUGGAAUUGAUCCUGCCGAGAUUGAUAUCCUUAUGGGAACUCUCACCAAAUCCUUCGGUGCCAACGGAGGUUACAUUUCAGGAGAAAAGCAUAUCAUCGAUAAAUUAAGGCAAACCAACGCAGCAACCAUGUAUGGUGAAUCACCUACCCCACCAGUCUUGAUGCAAAUUCUCAGCGCCUUGAAGAUCAUAUCUGGGGAACUUGUCCCUGGUCAAGGUGAAGAGAGAUUACAGCGAAUUGCAUUCAACUCAAGAUAUCUCCGAUUAGGAUUGAAGCGUCUCGGUUUCAUUGUGUAUGGUCAUGAUGAUUCUCCAAUUAUCCCAAUUGUCUUAUACAACCCAGCCAAAAUGCCUGCUUUCUCUCAUGAAAUGCUCCGAAGGAAGAUAUCCGUCGUCAUUGUCGGUUAUCCCGCCACACCACUCAUCUCAUCCCGCGCCCGUUUCUGUGUCUCCGCAGCUCAUAAUAAGGAUGAUAUGGAUCGUAUCUUAGCCGCUUGUGACGAGGUUGGAGACGUUCUUCAGCUCAAAUUCUCCACUGGUGUAGCAGGUGGUGCCGAGCAUUUACCUGAUGGCGUUACAGUCGAGAUGGAAAAGGAAUGGCAAAAGGCCAAUGGUCUUCAAGGAGUUGUUAAACCCCCACGCUGGUCGUUGAGAGAGGUUGUCGCAAAUGGUGUAGCGGAUGUCAAAGAACAUUUGCGGUGA